AUGGCAACGGAGUCGAGCACAAACGACUUUAAGCUUCGGCCUGCAAGAUUCUCAGAUCUUUCUUCGAUAGCGACAGUAUGGGCGGCGGCAUUUUUUGACGAUGAGAUCAUCGGCGAGCUCAUGCAUCCACACCGCAAGGACUACCCAGACGACGUAUACUGGUUCUUGCUGCGCGGUAUCCGAGAACGGUUUUGGGACUGGCGACAUCGAUUCCUGGUUGUGACAGACGAUGAGAAGGUCGUUGGUGCCGCAGACUGGAGGAGGCUAGGAAAAGGCGGAGAGGGCAUGGGUUUGGGGCGAACAGAUCCACCGCUCUUCCCCAAUCGCGCGGCUGAUCCUACGCGCACUUCCUUCCUCGACACCGCUGUCGCAAACUCUGAAAAGUACUGGACUGGCCAUCGCACUGAGUGUUGGGACUUGCACGUCUGUGGUGUACACCCAGACUACCAAGGUAAAGGUGUUGGGAAGCUGUUGGCCACGUGGGGUGUUCGCGAGGCGCAGAAGGAAGGCGACGAGGUUGUGGCUAGUGUAUUGUGUGGAGAAAUGAAUAGAAGAUUUUAUGCGAAGGCUGGUAUGGGUGUUCAGGUUUCGGAACCGAAGGGCGAUGCAGGCGGCAUCGCGUUGUUCACGAGAUAG